GCCCUCUGUAGUCCCAACCAAGUAGAAACUCCCUAGAUUUAAAGAUCAUGGAUCCAGUAAAUGGUGGAAUUGGAUCUGACGAUGAAGUUUCAUCCAAUAACUCGCCAAAGCACAAGAAUCAAUAUCAUCGGAAUUCACCUGAUUUAGUUGCACAACUUGAAGAGUUUUUCAAGGGUAACCCUCAUCCAAAUGAAAAUGAGAGAAAAGAGUUGGGUAGGGAACUCAGAGUUGAACCUAAACGAAUAAAAUUUUGGUUUCAAAACAAACGAAAUCAAGUGAAGGCUCAAAUUGCAAGAGCAGAGAAUCAUGCACUAAGAGAAGAAAAUCAAAAAAUUUAUUUGGAGAAUAUGAUGAUGAGGGAAAGAAUGAGGUGUACUGUUUGCUCAACAUGUGUGGGUCUAGCCACUGCAACUAAGCAAGAUGAUGAUAGGAAACUCAUUUUGCGCCAAUUACUCGUUGAAAAUGCUCAACUGAAAGAAGAGUGGGAACGCUUAGUUCAGUUCGUAGCCAGCCUUCCUGGAGGACCUGGAACAUGAUAUCCCAAUGAAUUUCCAAUCUUUAUGCAGGCCCAAGAAAAGAAGAA